AGCUGCGGGGCUCAGGGACAGCAGGAUGGAGUCCGUGGCCCUGUACAGUUUCCAGGCCACAGAGAGUGACGAACUGGCCUUCAACAAGGGGGACACACUCAAGAUCCUGAACAUGGAAGACGACCAGAACUGGUACAAGGCUGAGCUCAGGGGCGCCGAGGGCUUUAUUCCUAAGAACUACAUCCGAGUCAAGCCCCACCCGUGGUACUCGGGCAGGAUUUCCCGGCAGCUGGCCGAAGAGAUUCUGCUGAAGCGCAACUACCUGGGCGCCUUCCUCAUCAGGGAGAGCGAGAGCUCCCCAGGCGAGUUCUCCAUCUCGGUGAACUAUGGGGACCAGGUGCAGCAUUUCAAGGUUCUACGUGAGGCCUCGGGGAAGUACUUCCUGUGGGAGGAGAAGUUCAACUCCCUCAAUGAGCUGGUCGACUUCUACCACACAACCACGAUUGCCAAGAAGCGCCAGGUCUUCCUGCGGGACGAAGAGCCCCUGCUCAAGUCACAUGGGGCCUGCUAUGCCCAGGCCCAGUUUGACUUCUCGGCCCAGGACCCCUCACAGCUCAGCUUCCGCCGCGGUGACAUCAUCGAAGUCCUCGAGCGCCUGGACCCCCACUGGUGGCGAGGCCGGUUCUGCGGGCACAUUGGUUUCUUCCCGCGGAGCUACGUGCAGCCUGUGCACCUCUGACCAGAGCAAGGCCGGGGCCAGAGUUGGCAGACCAUCUGUCCACUGGACAUUGCAGUCCAGAGAGAGACCAUGGACACCCCUCUGGGUCCCAUGGGGCUCAGCCAAGGGCCUUGGACAGGCACAUGGCCUCUGGAUGCCCAACCCAGCCCCCACUGCUCCACAUGAACUGGGACUGCCCCAGGUGCCCACAGCCAGCAUGAUGUUCAGUGCCUACCAGGCAAGGGGAGCUCCCGCGGUUUCCUGCUGCCUCCUUCCGUCGGUCACCAGCUCUGUGACAUCAGAGGGUGGGCUGGCAGAGACCCAGCCCACUCCAACCAUCAGUGACCCCAUCCUCAGAGAAGGUUCCACCCAUUAGGGGCUCAACCUAAGAAACCAUGGGCUUGGGUGGGUUCACCUUGGGUUGACCACCCACUGGGCCUGCCUGUCCCCUCCCUCAAAAGGGCCUUUGAGAUGCUCUGGUUAUUGGGGAGGUGGCUUCGGUGUAAGGGACAGGCAAGGGCUCAGAAUACCUGUUGACCUGGAUUCACUGGACAGACUCCAGGUGGAGACAACUUUUCCAUAGCCCCACAAUAACUUCAGGCUCCACGUGGACAUCCAACACCCUCACCCCACUACAGGUACUUUGGGGAAGGGCUGGAGGCCCUGAGGAAAGGGGCUGUGGUGGUGGAAGAAAUGGAUGCAGCUGCUUCUUGAAAUGGACAAACUCCAAAGGGCAAGCUCUGGACACAGCCACCUAAGAGGCUCGGUUCAGGCCCAGGUUCUGCCCAGACUCCGGGAGCCUGGGGGUCCUAACUACAGGCCAAGUGGGAAGAUGGGGCCUGUGCUGGACUCAAGUACAGGAGCAUCCAGAAUGGGGUGGG